ACAGGCCUAACCGCAUUUCUCACCUAUCUUCGAAUUUAACAUUCACUGUAUCUAAGGGACAAAAGAGAGUGGCACGGUUCCUCUGUUUUAAGUUGGAUGAGUGGCCUACAGCUUACGCAUGCAGGCAAAAUGCGUCUCUGGGUUAUUUGCGGAAUAAUGGCUGUGUUCACAUCAGGAGAGGGUUCAAAAAUGGUUGUCCGGGUGUAUACGGAGAAGCAGGCUUAUGCCGCAGGCACAGAAAUAACCUUUCUGGCAAUGACUGAGGAGCCCGACCCUCUUGAGUUCCAAUGGGACUUUGGGAACAGACAACCUGUUCGAACAUCCUCAAGAGCCAUCACCAAAAAAUUCCGUCUUCCUAAAAGGUACAAUAUCUCUGUGAGAGUGUUCAGUGGGCAAAUGUCUGCAGUUUCAGAUGUGUAUGCUGUGAUAGUGCAGAGGGCUAUUAAACCCAACAAGCUGCAGUUUCAGCCCUCAGUUCUCGUAAACACAACGGUGGAGUUUAAAUGUAGAGUUAGCGCUGGGAGUGAUGUGACCUACCUUUGGAGCUUUGGUGAUGGCACCACACGACAUGGGUGGAGAACUGAACAGCACGUAUUUGACAGACUCGGGGAGUUUGUGGUUGGUGUGACAAUGCACAACUUGGUCAGCUCUGCCUCUCUGAAUGACCACAUAUUUGUUACAAGUGAACACUGUCUGCCUCCGCCAGUGAAGAACAUGGGCCCUCAUAAAAUACAGGUGCAGCGGGAUCAGUCUGUGCGUCUGGCUGUGACCUACGAGGCGGUGGAGAUCCAGUGUGACAUGUACCAGGGACUGCAGUACACAUGGAUGGCCUAUGACUCCAGCGGGAGCCAAAUUCAGCUUGCUUCAGUUGAAACCCACAAACAAAACAUUGAGCUCCCAGCAUUCUUCCUUCAUUAUGGCAUUUACAGAGCCGUAGCCAAGGUUCAGAUAAAGGGAAGUGUGGUGUACAGUAAUUACUCCGUCUGUGUGGAGGUGGGGCCCCGCCCCCCGAUUAGCAUCAUUCAGGGAGCCACAAACCUCUUCAUCAGUCGCCAUGACAACACCUUAAUCACCCUGAAUGGAGAGCAAUCACACGACCCUGAUUUCCCUCAGAUCCCACUAAGCUACAGUUGGCACUGCAGGCCACUGAGCAGAACAGAAGGCCGGUGCUUCCAGGAGUCCCUCCAGCUUGUCCCUCGAUCUCUCCCACAGCUCGUCUUCCCAGUCAGUGCCCUGAAUCCCAUAUUUGACCAGUUCAAAUUCACGCUGACCGUUCAAAGUGGGGGCCGCUCCUCCUCAUCUGAGAUGUUUGUCACGAUCACACCCAACACCAUGAGGAAUCUUCAGAUUAACUGUGGUCACUGCCAGGGUACUGGAGUGAAUUGGAAUGAGCAGUUUUCUGCUGAAGCAUUCUUUGAGAAAGACACCUUUGUCUCAGAGGACGUUGUGUUUUCUUGGAAGCUGUACAUAGUGAAUGGCACCAAUAGAUUCAUCAGUGAAGGUCUGCUGAUCAAGGCGCACCUGCAAAAAUCAUUGAAAGUCCAAAUUACACCCAAGAAGCAGUGGAGCUCCUCCCCAACGCCAUCGUUUGAAAGCAUCCAUAAGACCACCUUCGAUGAUUUCUCUGAGUUUCUACCCGAGUCCAUUAACAUACCAGAGCACCAAGUCCCUGAUGCCCUGCAGUCCGAUUCCACUGGCCGUGGAGGUGGUCCACGUGCGCCCACCGCCAGGAUGAAACCCCGGGGCACACAUGGGCACUCCCCUGCCCCCUCCGCCCCACGGGGCAGCUAUGAGGAGGGUGAGGCCCUGGUGAGCUGGGGCAGAUGGAGGACAGAGGGCAAGCCUGAGGAAGCACAGACGCUGCCCGCCGACCAACCUGAUGAAGUGACCCGUUUAGGUGAUGUGUGGAAUGCCCGUCAGUCGCCGGGAGACUAUGAUGAUGCCUCAGAUCUAGUACUGAUGGGGGAGACUGAUUCACACCUCUCUGGGAUUCCUGUGAUCUUUGAAGAGGGAGGUAGUGGUGCCCCAGCUGAAAACGACUCUGAUCGGCCUUUGACCCGGGAACACCACAGAGCCACCGGAGAGCCAGAUCUACUCAGGACUGGGCUCAGUGGUUACCUGGCGGAAGAAGAAACCUCCAGUGCUCAUUUUUAUCUCACAGAUUAUGAUUUCCCUUUCAUUGGGAUCGAAGAGGGCGACUCAGGAACAUAUGCUGGAAGACCGACAGGCGUGGGUUUCGCUUGGGAGAACGGAGGCAGAGACCUUGUGUCUGAGCCGGACCAUCCUGAGGAAAGCUUUCUGAUGGACUCCAAGCGGCCUGGUCUGGCUGUAGCAGAGAGGACUCUGUUGGACCUGGCGAGAGAGCUCGUUGAUCCCGUGGUGUUGGAGUCUCACACUGUAGCAGGAAUUUCUUCAUCUGUCAUCACGCUGAAACCUUACUCACUGAGCCCAAACCGCCACUACAUGCUGGCCGUGACCGCAAGUGAGCGUCGGACAGCGGUGGGGAAGUCCCAGCUGUUCUUCACCACCCUCCCCACGGCCGCCCCUGAGGGGAUGGCAUGUCUGGUGCAACCCAGCGAGGGGCUUGAGCUCCUCACGCUCUUCAGCGUCUUCUGUGCGUCUGGAAGAGAGGAUCUGCUCUAUAAGUACAGCUACACCGUUGGCAAAAGCCCUGCUGUUGUGUUGUACGAGGGCCGAGACUUCCAGCAUUAUUUCCACCUGCCAUCUGGAGGUCAUGAAAAUGACUAUACAGUAACCGUCUACACUGUGAUUGAGAACAAGUGUGGGGCUACGACUAAAGCAUGCGCAGCUACUGUGAAGGUUCUCCCCCGUUUCCAGAGAAGCGCGCCCCUGUCCCACGCCCCUGAGCAGGACCUACUCGCCUACGCCACUCGGAACCUCAGCAGGCUCACGCAGAUGGGCAGCGUCCGGGACGUCCAGAACGCCGUCUCCCUACUGGCGGGGGUGCUCGGCAGGUUACGCCAGGAGCCAGUGUCCUCUCAGGAGCUGCUGGGGCCUACCCACAAUGCACUUGUGACGGCGCUAUGCUGCCUGACUCCCAGGGAUGAGGUGACUUUGCACAGUGCCAAGCUGCUCAUCAAGCACAUUCAGGACCUUUCUGCCCUGUUUCCAAAAGAGAGAGGAUCUGGAGAUGUGCCUUCCCUGGAGAAGCGUGUUGUUAAUGCCUUCGUUUCUGCUCUGUCCCAUACCUUGACAGCCUUGUGUCGGUUCUCCAAGGAAGGCAUUGAGCUCACCUCUGACGUCCUUCGCACAAUCACAGAUGUGUCUCUGAAGGACAUGACGUUAAGCAGAGCUUCUGAAUGCUUCCUUAACACCAGCUUCCUGGAAAUUAAAACAUGGAGAUGUGACCAACUCCCCACCAAUAGCUUCAGCAUCGGCCCUGCAACAUUUCAUCAUCCUGUGGGAAUGGAUACUUUUACCGCUGGUCUCAGGGAUGGAUUAAAUUCUUGCUUAAUUUCCCAACUCUGGCAUUUUAAACAGAAUCCAUAUUACUGGGGCAAAACACCAGUGGAGCUGACUGGAGAUAUUGCUGACUUGAGACUGUACAACUGCACCACCUGGAGGAAAAUAAGAGUACGGCACUUGGACCUCCCAUUGUCUAUUGAAUUCCAGAGAAAGCCGACCAAUACGGCCCGAGCCUCAGAGGUCACUCUGCUGCACGGAGAGGUGAAUGUCCACCAGUUCAACGUGACCCCAGAGCUCCUCAGCCAGGCCGUGCAAGCCACGGUGGUGUUCAGACGGCCCGCUAAUCGCACCUUUACCAUCAUGCUUCUCUUCAGGAUGUCAGAGAGGCCUACCCCUGUUCUGUACAGCAUGAAGAGGAUGCAUCAGUGGGACGGAGACACGGUCCACAUGCUCUUCCCUUCCUCUCAUCUGCAAGAUGGUGGCAUUGGAUACGUCUCAAUCCUUAGUGCAGACUACGGAAAAACAUCCAGGAAUAAGUAUGUGGCUCCGUCUGUGAACUACACCCUUCAGAUUGAAUCUGUGCACUGUCUCUCCUGGGAUGGACAGAGAGAAUGGACCCACGAGGACUGCACACCCCAGCCUGGGUCAUCCCAUGUCAGAAUCAACUGCAGUUGCAGCCACCUAUCCCCACUCACGGUGGCGUACGGAGCCGUGCAGAGCCAUGUCGAUGUGGGGGACGCCGCUGUGUAUGCCAUGCCCUCCAACAACCUCACCCUGAGCUGGGUCAUCGCCCUGUCCCUCGUCGCCUACGCGUUGAUGCUGAUGGUCUGUAAGCGUGCCGACGGCCACUGUGAACGGAGCGAAGCUCCGCACGUCCUGCCAGACUGUGCGCCGCUCCACCAGCAGCUGUACUCUGUCACCAUCGACACAGGCCUGCGCUCGCGCUCCAUCAUGACAGCCAAGGUUUAUCUUGUGCUGUAUGGUGAGGAAGGAGUGUCUGAGACCAAAGAACUUUACAUCCCAGAGAGGUCCCUUUUUGCAAGGAAUUCCAAAGACACCUUUAUUCUGAGUACGGCGGAGCGUCUGGGGUCCAUCUGGAAGGUGCGUCUCUGGCACGACAGCGCCGGCCCCUCGCCCAGCUGGUACGUCAGCCACGUCCUGGUGAGGGAGCUGCCAAGCUGGAGCAGCUGGCUCUUCCUCGGGGAGUGCUGGUUGGCCGUCGACGAGCAUGAUGGGAAGGUGGAGAGGAAACUCACAGUCUGCAAACAAGGACUCGGAUUGGGACAGCUCCUCUACAUGAAGCUGACGGAGUACCUGGAGGACGUUCACCCGUGGUUCUCCGUGUUCAGCUGUCCUCCUCGCGGUGCCUUCACGCGUGUCCAGCGGCUGACCGUGUGUUUGCUGCUCCACCUGGGCUGCAUGUGUGCCAGCGCGGCGCUCGUCGACGGCCAACACGAGCCGGUCAGAUGGGGACGCAUCCUCUAUGAGAUCUGCAUGCACAGCAAUGUCUCAGCUCAAAUCACUAACUCUUUAGAGCAGGGUGUGAUGGACGUCUCCAUGGUGACAGGGUUGCUGAGUGCGCUGUCCGUGCUGCCGGCGGGGUUUCUGAUCUCGCUGCUGUUCCGCCUCGGACAGGUCAGUGUUCACACCACAGACGUCUAUCAUCUGUCCACCACAACUCACACACAAUGUAAUGUGUUAUUGACAUUGUCACAUUUAAAAAAUACUCUAUUAAGCAUAGUAAUUCUGGCUCCAGGCAUGAGGCUCAACCUGUUGGUGCUCUUGAUUUUUCAACAGUCUGACAAGAGGAAGAAAUCAGCCAGAAGAUUGCUCAAAGAUUGUUCCGUGUCAGACAUCAGCACUGUUGAAGCGUAUCAAGAUGCCUUCCAUGAGGGUUUGUGUGAGCCCAGGUCUUCACAGGGAAAUCAGUCACUGGCUCAAGAGGCUUGGAGUGACAGAUAUGAGCAUAAUACUGGCAGACUUGGAUAUGCUGCAGCUUCAGUGCAUUCCCACAAGAGGGCGCUAGGAACCCCUGAUUCUAUCUCAAUAAGCUUUGAUGGAAGCAAGAUGCCAAGUGAGAACUUCAAAGACAGCCUUCAAAGCAGCCCCUCUUCAGAGCGAGGCUGUUCCUUUAAGCCACCUGUCCUGGGAUGGUGUUUUUACGUGGCCUGGUCUCUGUGCUUGUGUCUCUGUGUCACCUCUGCAGUACUGACGGGAAUUCUUGGUCUCAAAUUCAGUCCCACUAAGAGUCUGCUGUGGACAUAUUCUCUGCUCCUCUCAGUCCUCGCCUGUGCCUUCGUUAUCUGCCCAGGGCUGAUCUUCAUGGUGGCUGUUGUUGUAUCUAUGUGGUGGCGUAACAGAAGUGAUUUCUUCGAUGUCUCAAGUCAGACCAAGUCUAUUGUGGAAGCACAUAAAUACUGGAUGCAAAGCGGAAGGUCCUCAGUGCUCGGUCUUCAUAACCAGUCUAUGACCAGAUCCACAUACUUUGACACGGUAGUACAGGCUCGCCAGAGGGUUCGGUACCUGCGCCUCGCGCGUCCUCCGAGUCCAGAUCUGCUGAGACGCACUUUCAAGCGUCUGAGGAAAACCACUCUCAUACGCAGAUUCCUCAGUGAGGUGUCACUCUACGUGGCCAUGCUAGUCCUGCUGUUAUUUGUGGCACAUGGAAAAUCAUGCAACAAUAAGUACGGAUUGACUCAAGCCAUCAAGACACAGCUCAGAAGAGGCCCUUAUGAGCAUUUCCAAAGCAUAAGAGACCACCAGGAGUGGUGGAACUGGACCUCAAGUGUGCUGCUGGCAGAGUUGUAUAAGAGUCCCUGGAGCGACAGCGCCUCCAGAGAAAACAGAUGGCAAACUGUGGUGGAAGCGAACAUCCUCAUUGGUGAACUGAUUCUGAAAAAAACAGAGACAGUGAGAAACGAGAUGUAUUCAAAGUUGGGAGAAUUUGUCAUCACUUCAAACAGCCAAAACUUGUUUGGAAAGACUGGAUGUGAUGCCAGGACACAGAGCACUGUGAGCCUUGGACAAACACGGUCCGCAGCUCGCGCCACUCUUACUCAUUUGAAAGCCUCGGACUGGCUCGGUCAGCACACGCGUGCAGUGGCCGCUCAGUUCGUCCUGUACCACCCACCCAGCGGCUUCUUCAGCACGGUCACUCUGCAGGCGGAGUGGGGCCUCGCUGGGGUCCUUCGGCUCAGAGCUGGCGUGGAGUCCACCAGACUGCUCCUGUCCACGGGUGCCCUUGACUGUGCCAGAGUGACCGCUGAAGUGAGGCCUCUUAUCUUAUCUCUGCCCGGUCAAAUGUGUUUGAUAUACAGUCACAGCUCACUAUUAUGGGGAGGUGGAAAGUUUUUUUUUUUUAACCCAUUUCCAUUGGAACAAUUUCCUGAAAGACUGAAUUGCAGUAUUCCACUUAAUACAACUGCAUUCACAUUCUUGUCAACAGUUGCUCUUCUUCUUGAUCGUGAUGGCUCAAAUGAUUUUCCAAAUAUGGAUCAUCUGUCAGAAUGGACUGCUCCCUUACUGUUUAGACCUGAGAAAUUGGGAAGCAUAAUUAUGAUGAGCAUUCUUUAUUAUAUUUGUUUUGCUUAUCACUUUACACUGAAGUCAGAAAAAAUCGACCAAAUGUUGAGGGAGGACUUCAAAGUGUUCAUUGAUUUGGAAAACAUCACAUUUUGGGAGGAGCUGACCGUAUCCCUUCAUGGAGUCGUUUCCUUUCUCUUCUUGCUCAAAAGCCUUUUUAUUCUGGGGAUGCAUGAAGCCAUGUGUUUGCCUGUGCACGCUCUGAAGACUGUGCUCUCCAACCUAACCUGGCCAAUGAUGGCAGGAGCCAUCCUCGUAAUGGCCCUGUCCUCCAUGGGCACCCUUCUUCUCCACCACUCCUCCCAUGCCUACAGUAGUCUGCUCAGAUCUGUUACAGCUGUGCUGGCGUACACCAUUGGACCCAGAGGGUUGAAGAAGUGGUUUGAAUGGAAGUGCUCUGGCUGCAUCUACGGCCUUCUCUUCCUUGGGUCUUUAAUUUGUGUUGUCAGCUGGGCAUGGACUGCAGUGAUAAAGGGAAUGGUAACCUCACUUGUAAACACGAACAAGAGAACUAUAAGGAGGAAACAACGUCUUACUAUGUCUGAGCUUGGACACUACAUAACAAAUAAGAUGUCCGCCCUUGUUGGACAAGGUAGAACAAACUGGUCAGAAGAUCAUCAUUUUAUAAAUACCUUCAGUUUGGAGGUAUUUGAAGACCUUGUGGAUGAACUUUUGUUCAAGCUCAGUGCUUUCUCCAAUAGCCUUCACCAUACCUUACCCAGUAAAGACCCAGCGUCCGAGAGCCCUAAGCUCAGUGCUUUCUCCAACAGCCUUCACCAUACCUUACCCAGUAAAGACCCAGCGUCCGAGAGCCCUGUGUCUUUGCUGUCUGGGUGGAACAGCAACUUUGAAUCAGAAGUCUCACUGCAGGACUACCCACCUACAGAUGACAUCAUGAUGCCACCAAUCAAGCAGUCGGACAAACAUGAAAGUGGUCAAAUGAGUGCUUUCACUGGAGACAUGCUACAGAUGGACUGAUAUUGCAAAAUUGUGUUUAGCAUCUUUGUCAUAGCCUAGGCUACAGCAGCCUUGAUCAACUAUGCAUAGCCUAGCUCACUUUGGACAAAUCUUUUAAGUUUUUACCAAAACUUGACACAUUGUUGCUGUAAUAUAGGCCUAAUAUCAAUAAACUUUU